GGGUACUAAACUACAUGUGUAUUAGUUGAGUUGGUACUAAAGCAAAACAACUACAAAAUGAGACCUUCUCCGAUAUAACCAUGUAACGUUCGAACUCUGUCGCAUUCUCUCAUUUUCCCUUUUUCCUCUUCCUUGUAACAACCCAAAACCUCUUCCAAAACAAAGCCAUUAAUGGCGCUCGAUUCCUCCGGCCAGAAAGAACAUCAAAUUCGGGAGUUUGUGGACGGGAAUGGAAACGUAGCUGUCGGUUUGAAGUUGCAUAAUAAACCGAGUGGUGUUGACCUUAACCGACAGUUCCCUCUAGAGAUUCCGCCGAUUCUAUUUGAGGAGACUUCACAUCCAGCAGCAAUGCACGGUUCACAUGCUCGAGAUGUUUAUAGUAUUUCAGUGUUGCCGGAGGAAGAUGAAAAUGCAAACUGUGCUUCACCACUAGCUUUUUUGAGCAUCUUAGAGGUUCCUAAUCAAGCUAAAAGCCCAAUGUGCAUAGAUGGUCACAUAAAUUGCCAAAACUGCAUUGAUUUUCAAAUGAAGAGUGAGGAUGUGUACACCCAGUGCAUAAUUGACAUGCCUAGUGUGAAUGGAAACUCAGUUUCACCAGAAUCCUAUGAAGAGGCAGUUGAAAGUUUUAAAACCGGAAACUCACCAAAGAGUGUACUGUGGAGAGAAUCGAGUUUCAAAGGGGGAAAACUUAUGCAGAAUCUGGUGAAUGUCAGCAAUCCAAGAGAUAAACCAGUCUCUGAGAAGCUACAUGAUCUACCAAGUAACAGAUGGAGAAGAUAUAAGCGUGCUGCAUCCUUUGACUCCAGAAAAGUUGCUCUUCUAUUUUCAAUAUUGUCAAGUUUCGGAACAUUGGUGUUGAUAUAUUUGACAUUAAGAGUCAGGCAGAGGGCUGAUGGGUUUGCUCUUAUUUGAAGUUCCUAACUCUGCCACCUCCUGUUUUUAGACUUCCAAGCUUUUAUGGUUGUUUAAUUUAAACUUUCCCCUUGGAUUGUAAUAGAGCUCCUUGUGAUGUUGAAGAUAGAAUCUAGGAAAUGUUAUUUGGCACGAAAUAUAGUCCUGUUUGUCUUAAAACCCCCUAUGCUAUUUAUUAGAUUAGAUUAUCUGUCAAAUCAUAUAACGGUACACUAUCUAAUGAUUAAACCAAGAGACCCAAACUAAGACCGUUAUGUGGAAAUGUACCAAAAAAUGACGUUUAAAUGGAGUGCAGAUGCAACAGGAAAUGAACGUCGUGGAGUGAUUGUGAUCCUAUUUUCGUCGUCAACCUUCAGAGUCAAUUAUGGAAGCCAGAGAAAUAUUGUGUAAAGUCAAGAUUCUGUCUAAUAAUAUAAUUGUAUCUGAUGUUUAUAGUUCAAAAAAUUAUAGGAAUUCCGAAUUUGCCUAAA